GAAGCAAAGGGAGGGAGAUAAGAGAAGUGCAGUGGUGGUGGUUGUGGUGAGGAGGAGGAGAUGGGCAGGGGAAGGGUGGAGCUGAAGCGGAUCGAGAACAAGAUCAACCGCCAGGUGACAUUCUCCAAGCGCCGUAACGGGCUGCUCAAGAAGGCCUACGAGCUCUCCGUCCUCUGCGACGCCGAGAUCGCGCUCAUCAUCUUCUCCAGCCGCGGCAAGCUCUUCGAGUUCGCCAGCUCAGAAAUAACUAAAACAAUCGAGCGAUAUCAAAGCUAUCAGUACGCAUCACAACUCCCUGCAGAUGACCAAGAGACACAGGCACGAAACACGUAUCAGGAAAUCUCCAAGUUGAAGGCAAAAUAUGAGUCGCUACAGCGAUCCCAUAGGAAUUUACUUGGAGAGGACCUUGGGCCAUUGAGUCUGAAAGAACUGCAGCAACUUGAACGACAACUUGAAUCAGCACUAUCUCAAGCCAGGCAGAGAAGGACACAACUGAUGCUGGACCACAUGGAAGAACUUCAAAAAAGAGAGCGUCAUCUGGAGGACAUCAACAGGCAGCUCAAAUUUAAGCUGGAGGCUGAGACUAGCUCUUUGAGAGCCGCUCAAGGAUCCUGGGAACCCAAUGCCAUGAUCGAAAGUGAUCCAUUCUCCUUCCGUCUUCAGCCAAACACCAUGGAAUGUGAACCCACUUUACAGAUGUAUCACCACUUUGUUCCUCCUGAAGCAGCCACCCCAGGGAACACUGGUGGGGAGAACACUUACAUGCUGGGCUGGGGUCUUUGAACUGUCUACACCCAGCCGACUGGGAACAGCUUAGAAUCAAUGUCUUCUUCGUUCUCCAAUUUGACUCCUUGGUUUGAAGGAAAUGGAUGACCUAAGUUUGCAGUCGCAGUUUACCUCUCUCAUUAAUCCUAGAACUUUAACCUGAUCGUGUUUUCUCCUACUUGCUACUAUAUAUAUCAUACUUGCAUGUCUGUUCUAUGUGUGCAACGUGAAAGUUAUAUGUAAUUCAUCAUGCUGCACCAUGGAAAGUUGUGGCAGAAUAAUUUAGCAAUUGAGAAACUAGUGUUGGAUUUUGUCUUU